AGGCUUGCUGGGCCCAGGACGAUCAUUUCCCUCUACAAACUGACGGCGGCAGUGGCGCUGCUGCUGCUGCUGCUGGUGAUGGAGGUGGAUUAGCUCAUGGCAAAAGGGAGGCGGGCGGCACCGUCAAACCCAGCAGACACAAACCAAGCCAGGCUUGCGGCCAGAAGAAUUACGUGACACUGAUUGGGAAUGGUGAGUGAGAGGUCCAGAGCGGAGAAAGAAGAAAAAGCCACAGUCGAGCGUCUCCGGAGCUGUUAAUGCAACAUGAUCCGAGGGGUCUCGCACUAAAUAUACCACUGAGUGGCACCUGCCUCGCUCCUGCAUCACCAGUUGAAUUAGUAUCACGGUGAGAAUGAAAAACUCCGAAGGGGACAGGUCCCCGAAGAAGGGGGCAAGGGAAGCGGCCCCGAGUCCCGGCGUCCCAUCCAAACGCUCCAAAGUCAGCCCGGAGCGAGCGCCCUCCGAGCUCCGAGGACCGGCUCAUCCCAGCCCGACGCCGCCGCUUUUCACGCGCAAAAUGCGCAACGCCGCCGUGGGGACGGGUUGCGACAUCCGGCUGAAGGUGACUGUGUGCGGAGACCCCCAGCCUUCGCUGUACUGGUACCACAACGACGAGCUCCUCAACAUGGAAAACCAGGAAUACGGAGGCCUCUGGAUUCGGGAUUGCAAGCCCAGCGAUGCCGGCCUCUACACCUGCAUUGCCAAUAACCGUCUGGGAGAGGUCCGCAGCAGUGCCGUACUGGCCGUCUUGGAUCUGGGUGAAGAAUCGGACAGCAGUGAGGACGAAGAAGACCCAUUUGAGACCAACGAAAAUCGUGAGGACCAUGCAAUGCACACAGUGAUGGCUAUGGAUGCAGACAAUGAAAGCAGAACACGUGAAGAUUUCACAAAAGCAAGGUGCCAGUCAAAUGAUUCUCAAAGAGGUUCUCCACCAGAGGUUCUCCCACCCCCGUCCCCAAGACUCGUCAAACGUGCCUCCACCUCUCCCAUGCCAAGUCGCUCUGGUUCAACAACACCCCUCAGCUUGCGCAAGAAAGUUGCUGUGCCAGCAGAAUACCAAGACACGGUGCCCGCAGAGUUUGAAGAAAAAGUUAAAACGCCCAAAUCCCAAAACAAUACCCAGGAUUCACGACCACAAACUCCACUGAGCGAGUACUCCCGCAAAGAGUUGACCACUAGACCAUCCCCGAAGCUUACCAGGGCCAGUUCAAAGGUUUUUGAGAAGGUCCGUGAUUUGGAAGAGAGAAGGCGAAGCCUGGAUUUGCCCGAGGGUUCAGUUUCCGGGAGAUCCUGGGCAGGGUUCAAUCGAGCCAGUUCCGUCGACUCGGAUGACGGAGGUAGCCGCUUGGGGAUUUCCAGAGAAAGUUCCAGGGAAGACCUGAGAGAGGCUCUCAAAGAAGACGCGGCCGAACGGAGAUCAAUGUUCAGACAGAGGGCUGCGUCCCUCGAGGAGAAACCUCGCUAUUCUCAAAAGGUACAGGACAUUGAGAACAAGUUCACUGAGGAGCUACAGCGUAUCAAGAAGCUUGUUGGUAAACCCCAUUUGAAGAAGUCCUUUUCCACAGAGCAGCUUACUUUGAAGGCCAGGCAACGUCAGCCUUUCAGGAAAAUCGAACCUAUACCUCCACAGGUCCUUCAAAGACUCCAAGAAAGGGAACAAGCUCAGUGGGCCAAAGAGCAAAAAGAACCCAAUCCGGGACAGCAACGGCAUUCCCGAAUCCAAAGCAGUCCGAGUCCAGGUAACACCAACGGAAAAGACUCCACAGAGUCAAUGCAGUUGUCAGACUUGCCGGGAGUACGAUCACUUCGAGACUUCAGUCGAAUCAGCCCAGUUACCGAGAUAAUUCAAAGGUCAUCGUCACCAGCGAUAUUCCAGCAACAAAUGGAAGACCCUCGUUUAGAAACGACUGCACAAAAACUUGAAAAGAGGCCCCCAAGUCCGCUCGUACAAAGGGGGAGCCAAGAAUGUCCGCAUAGUCCUGAACUUCCAACGCAACGCAGUGAGACAUCUGGGAGAACCACACCGGUAGAAGUAAAGUUGAGAAAAGUAGAAAGCAGGCCCGAAAGUCCACUUGUUCAAAAAUGUGCCGUCCCUGCUCAAGAUGUCAGUCAGCAAACACCCACCAAGCCCACUAGGAUGAAGGAAGCUGAUCCACGGGAGGAAAAAACAGAGGUGGCUCUCCGAAAACAAGCCCCAAAUAUAUGCAUCCCUACAAUUGUUGUGGAGGGGGAAGAUGUUGCCAUGGAGACAAAGGAACGGCAACAGGUCAAAGGACGGCAGCACAAGACCAAAGUCAAGCAUCGUCGCCCACGACCUAUGUCUCCUGAAAUGGAUUCCUCCGACGAUUCCUACGUGUCUGCCGAAGAAGACCCGGUGGAAGCGCCCGUGUUUGAGUCUCCUCUUCGAGAUACGAUCGCCAAAUGUGGGUCGGAUGUGCUACUGAAAUGUAACAUUUCCGGCACGCCCGUUCCUGAAGUCACGUGGACAAAAGAUACGAUGGAGGUCACCGGCCUUUGGAAUUACGCCGUCAAGGUUGAAGGCGAACGACACAGCCUACUCAUAAAAUCGGCACAAAUGAGCGACGGUGGAAGCUUCUGCGUCACGGCUGUCAACCAGGAGGGCAAAGUAACCAGCAGCGCUACGCUCACAAUGAAAGCAGAUCCCAUUCAUGAGCCCAAGGGCAUCCUGGGGGUUCCCAUGGACAUCGGCAGCCCCAUCACAUCCGACGAGGAGUACCUCAGCCCUCUGGAGGAAGUCAUGGAUUUCAGUUCGCGACAGCCCAGGAGGUCACUUGACACCAAAUUCAAAAAACCUCCAGCGUUUCUGGUAACAAUGACGGAUCAAGUCGUUGCUGAAGGACAGGAAGUCACCAUGUUUGUACGAAUAAGCGGUCAACCACAACCUUUGUUGUAUUGGUUGAGAGACAGAGUCACGGUCAAGAGUGGCCCACGCCAUCUUGUGCGGGAGACGGAGAACGGCACUUUUGAAAUGACCAUCAAGUCCGCCCUGAAGUCAGACUCAGGGAUCUACACCUGCAAGAUCGUCAAUGAGUUUGGAACAAAACAGUGUGAAGGGAAGUUGGACGUCAAAGCACCAGAAAUCGAGCCAAGCUUGGCUGUCGUCCGCCCGGUGAAAGACGUAACAGCGAACGCGGGCGAGACUGUGCUGUUUGAGUGUCACGUCGUCGGGCCGCAAGACACGGACGUGGACUGGCUGGCCGACGGGAAACUCAUCCAGCCGGCGUUGCUCAACUGCAAAAUGCACUUUGAUGGAAGGAAAAGUCGCCUGCUGCUUAACUCGGUGCACGAGGAUGACAGCGGGACAUACACUUGCAAGCUGAGCACAGCCAAAGAGGAAAUGACUUCAUGUGGGAAACUAAGCGUGAUUCCCUCAAUUGAGCCGCUCUUUACUCGCAAUCUGGAUGUUCUGGAAGUCAUCGAGGGCCGCAACGCUCGAUUUGACUGCAAAGUCAGUGGGACCCCGCCCCCUAAGGUCAUCUGGACUCACUUUGAUCACCCGCUCAACGAGAGUGACGAUGUCCAUAUUCUUCGGGAGAACGGGCGUCACUCCCUCAUCCUCUCUCACGUGACCAAUGACGACGAAGGUUUCUAUACAGCGACGGCCACGAACAGUCACGGAGAGGCCGAAUGUUCUGCCGAACUGUACAUACAAGAGCCGCGGCCGGCCAUCUCCUCACAGAUGGCUAAACUGGAGAAGAUGCCAUCCAUACCAGAGGAGCCCGAGGUCCCUGAGAAUGAAGUUGAGCGCUUCACAAUGCCCGACUUCAUCAAGCCCCUCUACGAUCUGGACGUCAUUGAGGGAAAGGAGGCGCUUCUCAAAUGUAAAGUGGCUGGUUUGCCAUAUCCCACCAUUGCCUGGUUCCACAACGGCAAAAGAAUCGAAAGCACCGAGGACCGAAAGAUGACGCAGUUUCGCGAUGUCCACAGUCUGGUCAUCCGCUCAGUGUGUCACACGCAUGCUGGGGUCUACAAGAGCGUCAUCUCCAACAAAAUUGGCAAAGCGACUUGCUACGCUCAUCUCUACGUUACAGAUAUCCUCCCUGAUCCUCCUGACGGGACUCCAGUGAUAGAAUCCAUCACUGGUAAAGUGAUUACCCUUAGCUGGAAGAAGCCAAGGAGACUGGACCCAUCCAUUGAGCCAAGCUCCUUGAUGUACGCCAUCCAGCAACAAGCCCUGGGCUCCAUCCAAUGGACGAUCAUCGCAUCCGGCCUGACGGACACCACUCACACCAUCAGCACACUGUCCAAAGGUGUGCGCUAUUCCUUCAGGGUUUUGAGCAUCACCUCCAAGGCCUUUAGCAAACCCUCGCCUGCCACAGAGCCGGUGCAACUGCUGGACCGAGGUCCCUAUCUUCAAGAAGCUCCCGUGAUUAUUGAUAAGCCAGACUUUGUAUACGUGAUGGAAAACCAGUCCGUGACCAUCACCAUCACGAUCAAUCACGUCAAUGCCGUCGCCAUCUGGAAAAGGAGGGGAGUGGUGUUGAACGACAAGAGGGGCGUGUACGAAAUGACAAUGCCAGAUGACGAUCAGCACACGCUGACGCUGACCAAAGUGAAGAGCGCCGACGUUGGCGAGUUGAUGUUUGUGGCGUCCAACAAGCAUGGGAGUGACAGCUGCACGUUCAGCGUGGAAAUAGCAGCUCCCCCAACAUUUGAAACCAUAAUGGAGGAUAUUGACAUUUGCGCCGGGGAGUCACCUCGCUUUGCUGUGGUUGUGGAGGGCCGGCCCAUCCCCGACAUCCUCUGGUUCAAGAGCGAUAUUUUGCUCUCGGAGGGAAGCCAUUUCACGUUUGUGUACGAUGAUAACGAAUGUUCCCUGGUGGUCCUCAACGCUCGCCCCGAGGAUUCAGGAGUGUACACCUGCACCGCGAGGAACUCGGCAGGUUCCGUGUCCUGUAAAGCCGAACUCACCGUUCAUGAAGGUGACCUCCUUGUGCUCUCGAACAUUUCGUCAAUCCUUGCAAUGAUGUAUUCACGGAGCUCAUCAUCGAACACAGUUUUGAGCAAAGAGGAGCCGAUGGAAGACGAGGCUACCAUUUUGAGAAAAAUGCGACGACUGACUGACCAUUAUGACAUUCACCAAGAAAUUAGAAGGGGUGCUUUUUCCUAUGUAAAACGCGUGAGCCAGAAAGUGGACAAAACCGAGUACGCCGCCAAGUUCAUCUCCACACGAGCCAAGAAGAAAAGCUCAGCUCUGCGAGAGAUGAGCCUCCUCUCCAAGAUGGACCACGAGCGAAUUGUCUUCCUGCACGAUGCCUUUGAGAAGAAGAACAUCAUGAUCAUCAUCACUGAACUAUGCCACGAGGAGAUUCUGGAUAGAUUCACACGGAAAGCUACGCUCAUGGAGUCUGAUGUACGUUCGUGUAUUAGACAGUUGCUGGAUGGAGUGGAUUAUCUUCAUCACCUUAACAUCAUGCACCUGGAUCUCAAGCCUGACAACAUCCUUGUGGCAGACGCACACAGUGAUCAGCUGCGAAUCUGUGACUUUGGCAAGGCGCUGGAGAUCACCCCGGACGAGGCUCAAUAUUGCAAAUACGGCACACCCGAAUUUGUUGCGCCCGAAAUUGUUAACCAGACUCCUGUGUCCAAAGCAACUGAUAUCUGGUCUGUUGGAGUUAUCGCAUACCUCUGUCUGACAGGAGUUUCUCCAUUUGCUGGUGAAAAUGACCGCAGCUCCGUGCUGAACAUCAGGAACUACAACGUUGCCUUUGAGGAAAACAUGUUUUCUAAUCUUUCACGAGAAGCCAAAGGUUUCAUCAUUAAACUGCUUGUAGCAGACAAACUGAGACCUGAUACUCAAGAAUGUCUCAGACAUCCCUGGUUCAAGACUCUCAGUAAGGGCUCAGUUCUAAAUACAGUGGCACUGAAGAAGUUUGUAUCUCGCAGAAAAUGGCAGCGUUCGAUCAUCAGCUACAAGUCUAAAAUGGUCAUGAGGUCCAUUCCUGAGCUGCUGAAUGAUUCUUCAAGUCACAUCUCCAUCGCAGUUCCUAGACACCUUAAAGACUCUUCGCCUAUGCCGUCCUCAUCCUCUGAUUCCGAUGAAGACAUUGAUGAACUUCCUUUCAUUCCAAUGCCACUCAACAUGGAGUUCUCUGGAUCAAGGAUGUCACUGAAUGACAUUCCAACCAAUGAUAAAGACUCGGGAAAACAAAAUGGAACAUGUAAACAGUCUGUGUCUGCUCCCCAGGAGGGAGCAGAACACGAUGCAGUCGAAAGGAACAAAGACAAGGUUGGGUUGACGGAUGAAAGCCGGCAACACGAAAGAACAGCAAAAGAAGAUGAUAUGGGUUCCCCGGGUGAAGAACGACCUGGUGAGCUGCCUGAGAAAACUCUGAAAAGAAAGCCUCUGCAACGAGGGUCCAGCCUGGAAUCAGACAAACCUGAGAGCGUGAGACGAAAAGGAGAGCUCAGACGUGGAGGCUCAGCUGACAGUGCUUUGCUUCUUCGGAUCACGCCAGAGGAAGGCGUUUCAGAAGGAAACCAAGAGGGUGGCAGAAAGGUUCUCAGGAAAGCCGCCUCCAUGGAACUGCCAAAGCGGAGCGCCAGUCCCGGAACUAUCAAGAUGAGUCAAGAAGAUUAUGCUCUGAAACUAGAGCUGAUGAGGCAACGAUUGCUCCGUGGGGGAUCCGUGGACAAGAAGAUGAGUGGACUGCGAGGUCCCCUAUUAGAAACGUUAGGAAUGGGUGAGGAAAAAGGCACAAUCCCCUCAGAUCGUUACUCCCGCAACACCCGCCUUGGACCCGCUUCACUGACGAGAGCGGCAUCGAGUGACUCGCCCAGGGACGACAUUGCCAAAGCCAAGGUAUUGAGCAAAAGUGCUUCCUUCAGUCAAGGAGAUUCCGAACCAAUCGCCUUACACAGAAGGUCGGGCGCUCCCCUCGAGAUUCCUUUGGCACAGGUGGAAGAGCGGCGACUGAAGGAAGCUAUAUCCAUGUCAGCUCUCACCGAGCAAACCAAGCUAGACUCCCGCCCAGUGACUCCUCGAGAGCUUUCACCAAGAUCGUCGACGCCGGAGCACGUCCCGCAGGACAGUCCCAUUAAAACCGAAAGUGAGGAAUCAUUAAAGGAGCAAGAGAAUGCAUCUGAGGAAACUCUCAGUGGAAAGACAGACACGGUGGUUACAGACCGUAAUUUUGAUGAGAGGUCAAGCACAAGCAGCUUCUCAGAGAAGGAAGUGCUGGUUGAGGCAGACGUCGUGAACCACAUUGCAGCCUCACCAAGUGUCACAGUGCAAGUACCUGAAAUACAAGCAAAUGUGGAGAAAGAGUUAGAAACAAAAGAGCAAAAAGAAAAGGAACAGACAAUGAAUGGUGAUGAAAGAACAGAAGCUGUCAAUGAAGAAAAUGAAUCUCAAGAAAGUUUACAAGAGAAUGCAAUAACUUGUGAUGAAUCAUCAGAGAUCAUGACCUCAAGCUCACUGACCACAAGACUAACACAAGUGCAACAGAAGAAUACGCUGACCGCUCAUGUACCGCCUUAUCCAGCACCCUCACCCCCUACACAGGCGGUUCUUCCCGAUGGAAGGACUUCAGCAUAUGCUAGCAUCAUGCAGACCAUCAUGGUCCCUCACCUUCAACCUCUUGAAGUCCUCAAUGACCCAUCAGCUCCUGCAUCAACGGAUCGCUUUGAAACGGCAUCAUUGACGACCAAACCACACGUUGUGUCAACGACCGAGCAUCCGGCCGUCUACUCUCGAGUGGCCUCACCCGAAACCAUAGCAAAAGAGCCUAGUCCGCCAAAGACCACCGCACAGUCCUCUCCUCCCUUUGUAGGAGUGGACCUGGAAGACAUUUCCUCUGAAGAAGUUUUUGAGGCCCGCUUCAAAAAACGUGACUCUUCCUUGACAAGGACUUUGAAAUUUUUGUCCCGGUCAAAGAAUGAGGACAAAUCACAAGUAAAGUCUUCAGAUUCAACAGAGACAGGUGAGGUGAUAUACAGGCCCGCUCCACAGGGUGCCCCACUGGAAUUGGCACAGAGGAGGCUUGAGGAAAAGUCCAAAUCAGUCCAGGAUCUUCGUGAAGCUCAGAAGGACCAAGGUUUUAUGAGGAGGCUUUCCCUGCGCCUGAAAAGAACUCCUUCAACCGAACGCAAAGAGGAAGUGACCAAGGAAGAAGAUUCGGUGCCGUCAAGACGUAGGUUGUCUUGGACACUUGGAAGAAGAGGAUCACAAGAUAAGAAGGAAGUGGAGAUGAUGCGCAUGGAUGAUGGACCUGAUAAAAAAGAGGAAAAGGAGGCUAAAAAGUCCACUGAAUCUCCAGUCUUGACGAUGCGGAGGAAGAUCGAAUCCACAGUUGCCGGUAUCUCAACCAGAAUCCGUAGCUACUCUGAAGAAAGAAAAGGGAUGGAAGAGAAGGAGCCAAAGAAAACGCCAAUUCUUUCCAUGCUUCGUCGUGCAACAUCAGAAAACCGUGGAGUAAAGGUUACCACUGUUCCCCAGAACCAGUUGGUGUCUCAGGCCAGUAAUGGGGCCUCAUCUGAGUCACUGGACUCAAUGUCCAGCUUCAAGUCAGACGCCUCAAAGGGUGUCGAAGGAGAGCGAAGAUCUCGUUGGGAUCGAUGGGGUCUGACCCGAGGGAGACGAUCCAAGGCCGUAUCACAACCAGAUAUACCCACGGCCAUCUCCAGAGAAACCGGUUCCCACCCAUCGCGCCAGUACUCCAGGCUGGUGGCCGAUUUUCCUCCAGUGUUCCACAUUAAACUAAGAGACCAUGUCCUGCUUGAGGGAGAUCCAGUGACACUCAGUUGCCUGCCUGCAGGAAGCCCUCAUCCCCACAUCACCUGGAUGAAAGAUAAGAAACCCCUGGAGAUAGACUCAAGGAUGAACAUGAUAGCGUGCCCCGAUGGCAGGCAGCUUCUGAUGAUCAUGCAGACCACCAAAAACGAUGCGGGGGUUUACGAAUGUGUUGCCACAAGCCCCCUGGCUUCGGCUUCCAGUUCUUGCACAAUCUCCCUUGCACGUCUGCCCAAUCGUCCCGGUACACCCGAGAUCCCUCAGAAGUACAACAACACAGCUUUGGUGCUGUGGAGACCCUCCGACACGACCGCACCUUGCACAUAUUCUUUGGAGAGAAGGACUGAAGGAGAGAGCAACUGGCUGAUGGUGGCCACAGGGAUAGCAGACUGUUACUAUAAUGUAGUUGAUUUACCAGCAGGGGGCGCUUUCAGAUUUAGGGUGGCUUGUGUCAACAAGGCUGGCCAAGGUCCGUACAGCAACCUCUCUGAAGUUGCGCGACUGGCUGCUUCAGAACCAAUUGAGUCCGGUCCACCAGUGGUGGUCAAGACUGGCUCGGCUUCAGGGGUUACAGCCCCUGUGUUGAAGAUGUCAUCCAUGAAAAUCCCACCGAUGAAAUUGGCUCCAAGUAAAACCCCAACGCAGACACCCGUCUCGAUGCAGACACCCGCCUCGACGCAGACACCCGCCUUGACACCCGGCCAGAUGCAGACACCCUCCCCAACGGCUGCCCCACCUGCCCCUCACACUUGUCCUGCACCGUCAGAUAAAUCCCCAUCCCUGAAAAGCGUCCAGCCGGCAGCGCAAUUUGAAAUGAAGCAGACGCAAGCCGUGACGGCAGCCCCUUCAGAAGCAGGACCAGCUUUGACCAAUACGACCGUGCAAACUACAGCAGGCAAAGCAAAGUCGGUGCUCAGCAUCAGUGUGGGCAAACCCCAAGCCAAGCCAACAACUCCACCUGUCAUUCCACCCAAACCCCAGACCCCGGUAAAGGUGACCAUUACCACCAAAGCUCCUAUUCCUGUAACUCCACCCGCCCCCGUCAUUGGGAAACCCAUCUCCUCUGUGCCGACGUACGCGCCGACUGUCAGCGCUCUUGUUACGCCGUCUUCUCAAUCCACCGUCACGCCGCCAACUACCACGGCUGCCGUCUCUGUUGUUAAAGUCUCCACGCCGGUGGUGGUGUUGCAAAGCUUGACACCCGGGGGGGACAGUCGCGGGACCCCGUCGGGGCGGAUCACACCUUCGGGAAGGAUUACCCCGUCGGGACGGGCUACACCCUCUGGAAGAAGGACGCCGCUUGGCAAGGCUGGGGAGGGAUAUCUGCGCCAGGGAGUUCCUCAGAAACCCUACACGUUCAUGGAUGAGAAAGCAAGGGGCCGCUUCGGCGUGAUCCGAGAGUGCCGUGAAAAUGCCACGGGAAACCUCUUUAUGGCCAAGAUCGUGCCUUACGAAGCCGACACCAAGCAGGCGGUGCUGCAGGAGUACGACGUCCUCAAAUCGCUUCAUCACGACAGGAUCAUGGCGCUGCACGAGGCUUACGUCACACCGCGCUACCUGGUGCUGAUCUCAGAGUACUGUAGCGGCAAAGAGAUGCUCCGAAGCCUCGUAGACAGGUUCCGUUACUCGGAGGAAGACGUGGUGAGCUACCUCGUACAGAUCCUUCAGGGGUUGGACUACCUCCACACCAGAAGAAUUCUCCACCUGGACAUUAAGCCCGAGAACGUCAUGGUCACGCAUAUGAACGUGAUCAAGAUCAUUGAUUUUGGCAGCGCUCAUAACUUCAACCCACUUUUCCUCAAGCAGUUUAGCCCACCCGUCGGAACGCUGGAGUGCAUGUCUCCAGAGAUGUUGAAAGGGGACGUGGUGGGCCCCCCAGCAGACAUCUGGAGCGUGGGUGUGCUCACCUUCAUUAUGUUGAGUGGCAGGUCGCCUUUCAUGGAAAACGAUCCCCAGCAGACGGAGAUGAAAAUUCAUGCUGCAAAGUUUGAUCUCUCCAAACUCUACCAAAACGUGUCCCAAAGUGCCUCACUGUUCCUCAAGAAGAUCCUCUGUAGCUAUCCUUGGGCCCGGCCCUCCAUCAAGGACUGCUUCAAUAACCCUUGGCUUCAGGACGCCUACCUGAUGCGUCUCCGUCGUCAGACUCUCACCUUCACAACCGGCCGUCUCAAGGAAUACCUGACCGAACAGCAGCACAGGCGAGAGGCGCUGGCGACUCAGCAUAAAGUUCUCCUUCGAUCCUACCAGAGUUCUCCACAAACCCCGACCAGUCCCGUCGUACCGGCUCUGUCGACUUCCCCCUUGCCCCAGUAGUAGUAGGCUUGGGUAGGCUUCUGAACAGAUGUUGACCUUGAGGAACAUCAAGAGGCAUAGCCACAGCGUUGGACGUUGGGCUGCUCGCCAAUGGCAAGAUUUUGGCUCUGAUUUGGCAAAUGGCAUAAAAUGCCCGGCAACACUUCACCGAGAUCCUUUUCUCGGUUGGUUAGCUAUCUUGGUGUCUCACAAGACGUUACCUCAGUGUUUGGAACUUUGAAUGCAUUUUUGGUGAAAUGCUGAAAUGAUCACAUGCAAAUGACGUGCUGUAAACGUUGCUUCAUUUAACGGUGAUACAGUGAAAGACAAUUCUUUAUCCGUGCAAAACGGGUCAUUUGAAAUAUUGGCACACUUUGUUUGGUUUUCAAAAUGUGCACUGAGCAUAUAUUUGUGGACGUUCCUCAAGGGCGAGUUACUUCGAUGAAUAUUUUGACUCUCAAUUGGAAUGCAAAAAAAAUGAGAAUCUCAGGAGAUGUAUUUAUUUUGAAUAAAAAUACCGUAAUUUCCGGACUAUAAGUCGCGUUUUUUUUUCAUAGUUUGGGUGGGGGGGGGGGCGAUUUAUACUCAGGAGCGACUUAUAUACAUACAUAUGUUUUUUUUUUCACUUUUUUGGGCAUUUUAUGGCUGGUGCGACUUAUACUCCGGUGUGACUUAUAGUCCGAAAAUUACGGUAGUUACAAUUUGCUCUGGUUAUAUUGCUCCGAGUGGUGGGAGUAGAACAAACACCUUUGUGGCUUCCAUCUCACAGAUACGCUGAUUCCAAAUGGACCUUUCACGUCCGGAAUUCAUGAAAAUGUACAACGGAGUGCAAAUGUGUUGAAUGUAAAAUGGGCAACCAAAAUUUCAGGAUGGUUUUUAACUGACGGUGAAGAACAGCGAGUAAGUGCUUUGCUCUCAGCUUUGGUCUGCAGCCUUCCUGUGUGGGCUUGGGGCUUCGUCACAAACUCGGUUGCAUUUUAAUUGAGUGAAUGUCAGUAGGAAUGAUCGUUUGCCUGCCUGUAUGUCCACUGCCGUGGAGUGACGAGCUGACCAUAGAGCAACCCGGUCAGCUGCGAUAAGCUCCAGCUCAUCUGCUGAGAUCAAAAAUGGCAUCAUCUGCUGAGAUCAAAAAUGGUAUCAUCUGUUGCUCACGGACAAAAGGUGCAAAUUCAGCCAAAAGAAUGCCGUUUUCAGUUCCAAUCUUCAAGCCUCGGCAAUGUAAUGAUUGACGUACGUACGUAUGUACUGUCAAAUCUGACAGCAGGGUAGACGAUCCACAUUUUGUAUGAAAUGCUCUUCUGUAUUUUGUGGACAGUGCGUUGCGGUGCCUCAUGAUGGAUGUUAAACUCCGAGUUCCUUAAACCAAUGAAAUGUUUGCUACCAGGACUCUUCUGAAUGUGACUUUUCUCUGUGUGUGGUUCACAGUUGUUUGUUUAUUUAUUGAGUGACUGUUUCAGCUUCUGCUUUGGAUUUUUGUGACUUGUUUUGGCAUGAUAGAAAGAAGGCUAUGCAAUAAAGACAUUUGGAGCAUAUUCAUGA